AUGAAAAGGUUUCGGAUUUUAAAAUUGGUGGGUUAUGGGAGAAACCUCAUAUUACGCCCUGAAGCUACCAAGGAUCCUUAUCGAUAUCCAUUAGGGUACGUGCCGCUUGAUGGAUCUGAACCGCUGGAUAGCAUUUGGGCGUUGGUGAAAAAUGGUUUUUUUGUGGCUCCUUUAAAUAAAAUUGAGACUAUUCACAGAGCCCAUUUGGGGAUUAGGUAUUUAACACAAUCAGAAUAUCCUGCAAUUUCCGCAACCGACUUAGUGGGUUUACAGUUGAGAUUAAAGGAAUUAUGUAGUCGUUUGCUGAUUCGUCGGGACUUUUGGGUUUUAGAAGACUUUAAUGAUCCCGAACUGAACACGAGUUUUGGUAUUCAAAACGUGUUUUUUGAUAAUUUUAAAUGGUCUCAGGUUUUAUGGAAGAGGUUUCAGGUUUUUGUCGAAGAGUACUUCCCUGUAAUGGACCAUACCCAUCUAACGUACGAUGAAUACAUUCAAUUGUUGAGGAGCUUUUCGCAUUUUGAGCAAGGGGCUACAUUGGCUCCACUCUUGCCAAGACGGCACAAGGUUCACCCACCAUUUGGAGUUUCCGCACCUUCCAAACUCGAUAUGGAACCUCUCUUAUUGUAUAUGCAAUGGCUAAGAAAUUUUAGGGGUCCUUUAAUGUUAAACAAAGCACUUAUUGUCUGGAGUGGUUGUGGUUCUGCUGCUUUUGCAACUAGGUAUUGUGGAGUUCCUAUUGUUCGAGGUGUUGAUCCAAAUCCAAGAGCUGUUUCCUCUAGUCGAAAGGAUGCCCAACUUAUGGGCAAGCAGUUUGAUUCAAUAAGUUUUCGAGUAAGUGAAAUGCUUCCUGAUACCAAUUUUUAUGAGGAAUCCUCAAAGUUACGCAAGUGUGAUUUGAUAUUUUUUUAUCCUGAUCAAGGAUCUCUUAAUUCUUUCUUUGCAGAAGCAGACAAUGGGUACGCGCCCGGGAUGAACGGAUUUGCAGGUCAAUUGGAGCAAUUUUUUGAUGAGGCAGAUAAGCAUCUUGCAGAGUCUGGCGUAAUAGCUAUUUGUUGCACGAAUCUUUAUUCUAUUUUGAAGCCUCAUGAACCAAAUCCUAUAGAAUAUGAAAUUAAAGUAAACAGAAGAUGGAUUCUUUUGGACUACUAUGAUUUGCCUAUUAGAAGCAAGGGUAUUUUUUCCCAUAUCCCAUCAGAACAUCGUUUUAGGUUUCCCAGAGAAUUGAAAAAAAAUUUUCGAAGUGAACUUUGGAUUUUACACAAAGUGGAGUCUCUAAGCCACUUUGCGUAUAUUCAUCAGAUACCAGGAGCACAACCACCAUCUUCCGUAGCCUCCUAUUGGCGAAACAAAGGCAUAAAUAAGUUAAGACGAGCCGCUAUGAAAAAUCAGGUGGAACUAAUGGGAGGUGAUUGGGGCGAUUACAAGAACCGCAUGAUGCAGAUGCUUCAAGAGCAGAGUGGAGAUGAUGAAGAUGAUGUGGCUCAGGCAGUUCGAAUGGCGCUUGAUCCGACAUACCCUUUAGAACUUGCAGAGAGAGCCCGUGUCGCUGUGGAGAAGAACAAGGAAAUUGAAAGAGCCUUUCAUGCUGAGGUUGCCAAUCGCUUUAUUGAAGUUUCACCUCGUGCCUGUUUUGAUGCGAAAUCUGCAAAAUUGAAACCCUGA